UCAACCACGUGGGUAUGAGUCAACAUAACCUAUAAUUUAGUCAAAAUGUCAAAAUCCGAAGAGCGGAGUAAAAAUGAAAAAAACCCAUUAUUUAACGAACUUUCAGCUGAAGGAUCAGAAUCCGAAUCAACUGUUAUUGAAAGUUUAUGUAUGAACUGUGGAAAAAAUGGGGUUACAAAGUUACUGCUUACAAAAAUUCCGUACUACAAGGACAUAGUGAUCUCGUCAUUUGCUUGCGAACAUUGUGGUUAUCAAAAUAAUGAGAUUCAGAAUGCGGGAAAAAUUACAGAAAAAGGAAUUAAAAUUACUUUGACUAUAGUUACCAAUAGCGAUUUAAAUAGACAGGUGGUAAAAUCCGAUUACACUUCUGUUCGAAUACCUCAUUUAGAUUUUGAAAUUCCUGCACAAUCGCAAAAAGGAGAGGUAACCACUGUCGAAGGAAUAAUUGAACGCAGCAUCGCUGGUUUAGAACAAGAUCAAGCGAAAAGAAAGACGGAAAAUGCGGACAUAGCGACACAAAUUGAAAAAUUUGUCGAAAAACUUGAAAUUCUUAAGGAAUGUCAAGAACCGUACAAAAUAAUAUUUGAAGAUAUUUCCGGAGAUUGUUUUGUAGAGAAUCCACUUAUGCCUCUUAAAGACGCCAAUUGCGAAAUAACAUUCUUUAAACGAACUUUAGAACAAAAUCACAUUUUAGGAAUUUAUUUGGAAAAUGAGGAUAAAUUAUUGAAACCAAUUGAAGAGGGAGAGUUUCCUUUGGAGGAAAUUGAAGGCGAAGUUUUAACAUUUCCGACAAAUUGUCCCGAGUGCAACAGUCCCUGCGAGACGAACAUGAAAGUGACCAAUAUUCCGUACUUCAAGGAAGUGGUAAUAAUGGCAACAACCUGCGAUGUUUGUGGACAUCGCACAAACGAAGUGAAAAGUGGAACGGGAAUAGAACCCCAAGGUGCUAAAAUAGAAGUGAAAAUAACAGGUAGAAAUGAUUUUAGUCGUGAUAUUUUGAAAUCAGACACCUGUCACAUGGAAAUUCCAGAAUUGGAAUUAGAAGUUGGACCCACAACAUUUGGAGGGAGAUUUACCACAGUCGAGGGAAUUAUAAUAUCAAUUAAAAAUCAACUCUCAAAUUCCACGGCAUUUAUAGGCGAUUCAAGUGAUAGGGAAACUGUUGAUAGAUUAGAUAAAUUUAUUUCCCAAUUAGAGGAAAUUCUCGACAGUAGAAAAGAAGUGACAUUAAUUUUAGACGAUCCCGCUGGAAACAGUUUUAUACAAAGUCUAUCGGACGAUGGACCAGACGAUAGAAUGAAAAUUACAAAAUACGAGAGAACUUUUGAACAGAACGAAGAGCUCGGAAUUAAUGAUUUAAAAGUAGAUAAUUAUUAAAUUUUUAUAUUUGUAAAACAUUUUUUAAAAAUUAAAUUUUUCAAAAAUAAA